UUGGGCUGGCACUAAGCUAACUCUACAGCAGCAUACCGACACACAUACACACAGAUACACUUUACCCUUAAACCUUAAUAGGCCAAGUUAGCCUGUUCGUGACGCAGAAGUAAGAAAUAUUAAACACUGUCUGUAUAGCUGUAACGUCAUUUGCGAGUGCACCGUUAGCAGGCUAACGAUAGUUGGCUGAAACUCGUGCUCCGCUGAAAACCUUCCACUGCAGGCUGCUGGACUUGACAGAUCCAGCUAUGUGAGCUGCUCUGAUGUGUGGAUUCCUAAAUCCAUACAGUGCGUGGUUGAGACAGCUCUCAAGCUGGUCUACAGGACAACACUAUUACUGUGACAUACAUAUCCAGCAGACCUGCAGCUGAUUUAGCUGAGCAGGUGUAUGUUGGUCAAGGUUGUAGCAUAACUCCCCAGAGCUGCCUCCAUCCUCCCUUCCUCUCCCUCUGCAACCCCUCAUAGGACUACUAUGCCACUGGGAUUGGGAAGAAGGAAGAAGGCGUCCCCGCUGGUCGAGAACGAGGAAGCGGAGCCUAUCCGCGCGGGUCUCAAUGUGCCAGGUAUGGAAGGCAUCGAUGGUGGGGUCGUCGGGCUGGGAGAAGGCGCCACCUCCGAAGGCCUGCCGCCGCCACCUAACAGCAUGCGGCCUCGCCUCAUCUUCCACACCCAGCUCGCUCACGGCAGCCCCACAGGCCGCAUCGAGGGCUUCAGUAACGUGCGGGAGCUUUACGCCAAGAUUGGCGAGGCUUUUGGGAUACCACCGUCAGAGGUUAUGUUUUGCACUCUGAACACUCACAAGGUGGACAUGGAUAAACUAUUGGGAGGUCAGAUCGGGCUAGAGGACUUUAUUUUUGCCCACAUUAAAGGCCAGAGAAAGGAGAUAGAGGUGUUCAAAGGGGAGGAUGCGCUGGGGUUGACGAUCACUGAUAAUGGAGCCGGCUACGCUUUCAUCAAGAGGAUCCGUGAGGGCAGCAUCAUCCACCAGAUCCAGGUCAUCAACGUGGGGGAUAUGAUAGAGUCGAUUAAUGGCCACCGCCUUAUUGGCUGUCGACACUACGAAGUGGCCAAGAUGCUGAAGGAGCUUCCCAAAGGAAAGGAGUUCACCAUCAAGCUGGUGGAGCCUCUCAAAGCCUUUGACAUGAUUAGCCAGAGAUCUGGUGGGUCUAGGUCGGCUUCAGGGGUUCAGCUGGGGACCGGCAGAGGAACCCUUCGUCUUCGCUCUAAAGGGCCUGCCACUGUGGAGGAGCUGCCCUCUGCAUUUGAGGAAAAGGCCAUCGAGAAAGUGGAUGACCUGCUCGAGAGUUAUAUGGGCAUCAGAGACAGCGAGCUGGCGGCUACCAUGGUGGAGCUGGGAAAAGACAAAAAGAACCCGGAUGAGUUUGCAGAGGCUUUAGAUGAAACCCUGGGAGACUUUGCCUUCCCCGAUGAGUUUGUUUUCGAUGUGUGGGGUGCCAUCGGAGACGCUAAGGUCGGGCGGGUUUAACGACAGAACCGAAGCAGAACGACCUGCUUUGCGUGUGUGCUUGUUACACCCACAACAUUGAGCACUACUAGAAAACCACAACACUACCGUCAUGAGUUUGUUUUUAUUCCACUGCACACUCUUUCUAUUUUUCUGAGUUUGUACUGUUUUUUUGUUUGUUUUUUGGGAGACUCAUCCUUAAAAAUGAGGAUAAUCCAGUAAACAGGAGAGGAAGGUGACUAUGAUGACUUCCAAAGUGCUUUUAUUUGUCUUCCAGCUAUUCCCAGAAAAUACGAGCACGCCAACGAGCAUUUCCUUCGACUGCGUCACAUGAACCUGCAUGUCAUUGUUGUAGUUGCUGGCAGUGGACCAAACACAGGGCAGGUUUCUAAAAUGGGAGAAAUGGCGAAACAGUGGCUGACACAGAGGAGAUUGAUGUGUAUAAUUUUUUUUUAAUUUUUUUUUGAUUGUUGCACUGUGUUGCACGCGCUGUAAACCAACUACAGAAGUGAGCAUGGAUUGCACUGUACCUGGUGAGCGACUCUGUUAUUGCACAAGCAUGGGUCUCCCUGAAGUACAGUGUCGUCCUGAAACACUAAAUGUUACUGUGAUGGAUCAGUUUUACAAGCAUGUGCUGUUACAUUUCUCUCCUCAUAAUGAAUUCUGCUGGGUUUUUUUUUCUUUCUUUUCUUUUUAAGUAAAGGUAAAAGAAGUGUUCUCGGAGAGAAGUCAUAGUAAAUUGUAGCUCCUGACUAAAAAGACCAGAGGUGUUUGUUUACUGUUAACACACUCCAUGAUGUAAUGAAGUUAACUGUGCAGACUGUCUUUCACACAUUUGACAGUGUUUGAGAAAAUCAGUGUUCAUUUACUUUCGUUGAAGUAUGUGCUAGGAGAAAGAGAAGAACGCCGGGCCGGUCUCCAGCUUGUGGAUCGUGUUGACUUGUUAUUUUUUUAUAGCCGGUGUGUUUUUUAUAUGAGGUGAUGUGAUGUCUAUUUUAAAACAAGGUUUGUAUAACUGACGAAUAAUGAAAACUUGUGUUGCAGUUUAUUAUGGAGAGCAGUAUUACAGAAGAAGAAAGAAGUGAUGAGUUGGAGUAGUUGUUUUAAAAAAAAAAAAGGAAAAGAAAAGACAAUAGAUCUGCCUUCAUUUCUUCUUAUUUCUUACAUUUUAUAUACUUUGUUAGAAGUCUGCGUUCUGGUGCGUGCGAUUGAAAAAUGAGAACACUUGAAGCAGAAUGGGACCAAAUGACUUUCAUCUCCUGCAGUCGUUUGUGUUCACUGAAAGGAAAAAAAAUACGGCGGCAAUGUUGCACCAACUACUCGGUUUAGGUAAACACACGUCUUAAAGAACUCUGGGUGUUUAACCUUUUCAGUAUAUCCAAAUGUAUGAAGCUAUUUUGUAGUUUUGUUUGAUUCUUUCAGAGUUCAUGGAUAUCUAAAUGGGUUAUGAUGCUAGAAUACUGUAAAACUAAGGAGAAUACAUUAUUUUGAUGGCUUUGUAUUACACCGGUGUCAAUGUCCAAAUAUAAUGCAAUAACAUCCACACA